AUGCCAAGGUGUUUCAUGGCCAAGAAGGCAGGGGGCCGCCAUUCCCCUUAUCCAUCUCCACCACCACCUCCACCUCCUCCACCAAAUCCUCCCUCCAAUCCACCUCCUCCACUCCCGAGGGAUCGGUCGCCGUCCCCGAUGGACCACCGCAGCGCCUGGACGCCCCGCUCGCCCACGGCAGGGGAGACGGCCCCCUCGCCGCCGCCCUCGCACGCCCACGACGACGACCCGCACCUCCACCUCCACCACCACCACCAUCACCACCCACUCAACCUCCACGUGACCCAUCCCGGCCACCCGACGCCCGUUCCGCCGCACUACUACACGUCGGCGCCCUUGGACCUGGGCAGGGCGACCGGGCUGCACGACGCGCCCUACCAAGUGUACGCGCCCCCGCCGCCCCCCGCGCAGGAAGAGCCGCACCAUCACGCCCUCCUCCACAUGAGCCACCUGCCGAGGCCCAAGGUGGAGGCGUCUGAGGAGGAGCGGAUAGUGGAGGUCCACAUCCCGGAGGUGGCGAGGCCUGACCCGCAGCGCCCGCACCACCACCACCACUAUCAACACAACUGCCACCGCCGCGUAUUAUCUGAACCACCGCAAAUGGUUAUCGACCCAGCAUCGGUUCACUUUGACCGCAUCUGCUACGGUUCGGUCAUCUUCAGUCUUACCGCAGUGGCCAUAAACCAGUGUUUUAGUGUGAAGGACUACCGAAUGCUUUUUCCUAUAACCUCGUAUGUGUUUGGGCUCACACUUCACUCUUGA